AUUAUACACUGACUUUUUUCUUCCUUUUCUUCCACCUCCUCCUGUUCUUUUCAGAUGCACACUUUGCCUCUUUGCGGCAUGAGCUGGAGAAGGAUGCCCAGGAGUUUGAGGCUCAGUCGUGGAGUCUGGCAGUGGAUCCAUCCUAUGUGAAGAAGCAAGAGAGGGAAGUCAUCAAGAGGCAGGAUGUUAUCUAUGAGCUGAUGCAGACAGAGAUGCACCACGUCCGGACGCUGAAAAUCAUGCUGAAGGUCUACUCACGAGCCAUGCGUGAGGAGCUCCAGUUUGGCAACACCAUCAUCCACCGCCUCUUCCCCUGCGUGGACGAGCUGCUGGACCUACAUGGGACCUUCCUCUUCCAGCUGAAGGAACGCCGGAAGGAGGCCUUGGAGGAAGGCAGCGAGCGAAACUAUGUCAUCCAGAGCAUCGGGGACCUCCUGGUGCAGCAGUUUUCUGGCGAAACAGGAGAAAAAGUGAAAGAGAAAUAUGGCAUCUUCUGCAGCAGCCACACUGAGGCUGUGAGCUACUAUAAGGAGCUGAUGCAGCAAAGCAAGAAAUUCCAGAAUUUGAUCAAGAGAAUCAGCAACUCUUCCAUCGUCAGGCGGCAGGGCAUCCAGGAGUGCAACCUCCUCGUGACCCAGCGCAUCAUGAAGUAUCCUGUCCUGGUGGAGCGCAUCAUUCAGAACACGGAAGCUGGCACCAAGGAACAUGAAGACCUGACGCAGGCUCUCUCUCUUAUCAAGGAGGCCAUCACAGCUGUGGACGCCAAGGUGAACGAGAGUGAGAAGGAGCAGCGCCUCCGGGAGAUCGUGACCAAGAUGGAGCUCAAGUCCUCAGGGAAGUUCAAGAACGGCCUCAUCUUCCGGAAGGAGGACAUGCUCCAGCGGCGCCUCCAGCUAGAUGCAAUGCUCUACCUGAAGGCUGCCUCGGGGCGCCUGAAAGAUAUUCUAGCUGUCCUGCUGACAGAUGUGCUUUUGCUACUGCAAGAGAAAGACCAGAAGUACAUGUUUGCAUCGGUGGUACGUGUGUCCCUCUCAGCUGCAGGGGAGUGGGAGAUUUCUUGGGAUUGAAAGGAUUUUGUGGCA